CGCUCACUGGUUUUACUAGAGUUAUCUCCCAACUUAGUUAGCGCGCCGUUUCUUAACACGGCGCAUGCGCAGCCAGUGUGCGAAUUCGGCUUUUAUCUUUGACCUUCAUUUUGGAAACGUAAACAAAACUUUUUACAGUGCCCGAAGUGCUUUUUUGUACGCAACUGGAUGUCUAUGGUGCGAUUGUGUUGGCGAUGACAAAUUAGGUUGGAUUUGGAUGACAAAUCUGCGAAAAUCUCCAUCCUGUCACAUGCGAAACGAACCUUCAUAAAUUACAAGUGAUACUUUCGGAAAUCACUCACUUUUGACUCGGCAAGAAUGGAAUUGACUGUACGGGUGAACACUCCUAGUAACAACAUAAAUACCUUUUGUUCGAACUGAGGUACACAUGAACAGUAUCAGCGUUCCAACCAGUUAUGCCUUGAAGAUGGCCAAACCACACCGUGACAUGGGCUGUGCAACAAACAACACAGAAAAAACAUCGAACAAAAAGAGAUAUAGCCACCCAAGUGUUUCAAAUGUAGCGAAAGUGUCCUUAGUUCUAUUCGUAGUUUUUAGUGUAAAUAUAAGUGAAUGUAAAGAGAAUAAAACCAAUAGUCAUGAAGCAGAAACACUUAAACAAGAUAUAGCAAAACGCAUGAGAGUGAUCGAAAGUGUAACGGGUAGAUUUUUUAGUGACGUUUACGAGAAUGGUACGUUCAGAACUGGCAAUUUGUUGUGGGACAAUAUUUUGAAUAAGUGUACAGGUCGAAUGUCCGUUGGCUGUUUGCAAAAAAACGUUUAUAGUUACUUGGACGAUAGUUUGAAGUACAAUGGUGACAUUUAUUUGGGGCACGGUGUGUGUUUUAAGAAGAAUAACGUCGAUGUGAGUAAAUACAGUAAGGAAGCUAACAUCAUCUACCUCAGCGGGAGUCAUGAUAAGAGUUCAGAAGGUCGAUAUUUGGAUGAAGAGAACGAAAUCGACGAUGAGGAAGAACCAGAAUCACCAUUUGAAGAAGUGACCGAUGCUUUGUACGACAAAGGAAUCAAGUUCCUGGUUACCCAUGACAUGAAACUAACCCUACCGGAGUUCUUCUUCGAAGGUGCGACACUGAAGGUAUCUCCGCGGGCGCUGACGAAGACUGGAGCAUUGGUCCAUAUAGACUUGGAGCCGAGAGCAGACACCAGUGUCGGACAAGGGCGGCUGUUCUUUCAUAAAAUAAAAAAGUACGUUAGAAAGAAGCUCCUCACCGCAGCCAUAGCUAUUAUCCUCGUGAUCAAACUUAUAGCGUUGAAGCUAGUCUUCGUCCUGCCCCUCAUCAUGGGAGUCACCACAGCCAAGAAGAUGUUCCUGAAAUUCCUUCUGUUCUUGUUCCCCGCUCUGAGCCAUAUAUUCAAGCUGUGCUCCUGGUACCACCAGAACUAUCACACCACGAAAUACCACCAUCAUCACCAUUUGAUCACACACCAUCAUAAGCCUCAACAUUCGUACGGUCACCCAUCUUCUUCUGUAGUCGUGAGACCACAUGCUGAAGGACCUCCGCCAUCGUUUGACCACUACCCUCAGGAUUGGGAGCUGUCUGGUCCUGGGCUUGGCAAUGAGUACGUUGCAUCUGGAAUAUCCGGUAUACACAGAAACGCAAUCGCCAACUUUAAACCCGACAUCAAUGACGCUAAUGACAUAAACGCGUGGGGCCUCGCCAUGCCACCAGGUCACUCUCAGAAUGUGGGAGAAUACGCCAGCACGAACAAUGUACCACAAGUGGCUCCCCCUAACACCGGGCAGAGGAUCAACUUAGCAAAUUCUGGAAGACCCAUUGGACCGGCGAAUCCAUAUCGAAAUAAAAAGAAUCAUUUACAAAAAGAUGCGUUGCAGUUGGAAAAGGAGGCUUUAAUCCGCGCUGCGUCACUGGCGGCAAGGGCGCCUCCGUCGCCAGUCCGCGAUGAGAUCCUACGAGUAUCAGCCGCUAAGCUCACAGAGACCAACCGCGUGAAGACUGAAACAGAACUGGUGAAGCAACAACAGCAGAUACUGGCCGCACAGGAUCCUGAGACUGUAGCAGCGGAGAAAUUCUACGGCGCCCUCUUGGACAGAGUGGACAAGAUUCUAACUUCCAUAGGCGCCGGCGAUCCCGGGUGCAGAGACAGAGCCGUGUGUGCCCUAUACAGGGACCCCUUCAGGCAUGCGCCGUACAGCAAUCUAGUCUCUAACGAGUUGAGCAAAGACUCCAGUGAACUAUUACCACCGGCCGACAGCAAGAUGGCGCUGCUGUACUACAACUACGUGCAAGCCGCGAGGGACGGACAGGAGCAUAAAGACUGCAUAGCACUGUAUCCUCAUUGCAACGUCGAGUUUAAAUAAAACAAUUAUUUGUCUAGUACGAUUCAAACUUUGUUGCGGUUGUGAAGUUAGCCGCGAGUGCAGCUACGCGCAAGUUUUAGUCCAGCGCAUCGUGACUUGCGCUAACUUCACAGCAGCUGGUAUUAAGUUUGAAUCGCAUUAUAAACUUUUCUUUAACAGCGCAUGAAACAGGAACGUAAAUAACUGAACAACGAUAUCUUUGUAACUAUUACAACCUAUUGUAUAAAAAAAUGCGAUGGUUGACAAGCAAUUGUAUAAUUGCGCAUAAUUUAUCUUUGGAGAAAACCUGUAUUACAUUACACAGCGUAAUUUAACGAUUUUAUAAGUUACACAGUUAGAUUCCGACCAGAUUAGUCAUUGAAUAUAAACACAAGUAGAAGAAAAUUAAAUGAAAUUGUAUCCAUAUCAAAUAAACUUAGAUUAAUUUAAUUUAAGACAAUGAAGCAUUUUCAAUCAUUAUUUAUUUAUUUUAGAAUAUGCAUUAGGUUGUUAUGAGAGCUAUGUCCAAAACCUAGCAUUAUUAACGGUUAUUGUUGUUACAUUUAAGAAAAUAUUUAUGAAAAUUUUAGCAUUACUAAAUCCCUCGGCGCUGACUAAUUUUAACUUUGAAAAAUUGUAUGAUGCAUUCGUGCGUACUUUAAACCACAAGAGGAGUGAAAAGGUUAAGAUUGUUUACAUACAGACAUAACAUUUUUUAUUUAAAAAAAUGUAGCUUGUCUAAAGAAAUCUUUGCUUUCCAGCAUAAGAGAUGUUUCUUAGGAAGAAAGAAGUUUUUAGUCGGCGCUGAUUCUAUAGAGUUGAUUUUGAUUGUAUUCAUAAAAGAUGGUCGUUUAAACUACUCAUAGCCUGAUUAUAAAAAUAACUGCUGAAAAGUAAAUUCAUUCUGUUUUACGCAACUGAACAAAAAAUUUUUUUUUUCUAUUUUGGAAAUUUACAAAAUGUAUAAUCUUAAGUUGAAAGUGUGCUCGUAUAUAUGAUGCUAAUAACUUACAUCCCCAAAUUAACGACCGUAACUACACAGAGACGUCAAACAAAUUUAAUGUCAAUUAAUGUCCUGUGUUGUCUUACUCUAUUGUUAAAGAAAAGAAAGUGACAGGAAUAACUUUAAUCAAACUUAAAAGAGCUUUCUGUCUGUGAUUGUAGAAAUAAAUGAAAAAUUUAAGGUACACUUGCUGCAACAGUAAUAGGGUAU